AUGGAUAUCGAUCAACCACCACGACCAGUAGUAUCCCCCGACUCUGUAAAUACUAAACCUCCUUCCCCUGUAGCUCGUUUCCCUGUAAAUUACCUCUCAAAUCAAACCUUUGCACAGAAGCUUCUUCAAAACGAUAUGUUCCCGAACCUGGUCGAUGCGUCGGCGAUUGACGCCGAGCUUCUUGAUGAGACCAUUCCUGAAAAGCCAGAAGAGAAUUUCAUCCCAAUAACAGCGGCAGACAAAACACGAUUGUAUUCCUCUUGGCAGUCAUCCUUGAUUGUAAAGCUAUUAGGUCGAAAAUUGGGCUACCCGGUUCUAAAGAGGAAGCUACAGGACAUGUGGAAGUUCUCCGAAGAACUAAUUAUGAUCGAUUUGGGUUGUGAUUUCUACUUUAUUAAGUUUACCCAAAUGCAAAAUAUGCUACAUGUUCUACAUGAUGGCCCAUGGUUUAUAUUCAAUAAUAUUCUUUCUGUUCAAAAGUGGGAACCCAAAUUCGUGGCAUCACAAGCUCGAAUUACCCACACAGCCAUUUGGAUUCGUUUGUUGGAGUUUCCUACGGAGUUUUAUGACAUGGAUGUUCUUCUAACAGUUGGUGCCAAAAUUGGACUACUCUUGAAGGUGGACACUUGCACGUCAACAACUUCCAGAGGUAGAUACGCUCGUCCGUGUGUUCAAGUACCUUUGGAACAACCGUUACUUCACCACCUAUUUAUUGAAAAUCAUAAGCAAAUCAUUUGCUACGAAGCUGCUGCUUUGUUGUGUACAUAA